CUCGCGCCGCAGUGAAUUGCGUAACAAAAGCACACUCGCCUUCUGACGCUACGCUCAAAAGUUUCGCCCGUUGCGCGCCUACGGGAUGGGAAAACGUAAAGCGACGUAACUUUUCCGCGGUGCGCGCUCUAUCAUAUUUCUCAAGAAAUUGUAGUAAAUUCGCAUUUUAUUUAUUAUUGGAACAUUUCAUCUACCACUUAUUUUUAAUUCAUACAGAUUUCGAAUUUUAUUUGUGAAAAUGGACCGUUGUGGCCUUUGCCGGUUCGCAAUAAUUGAGUAGUGUGAACGUUUAAUGUUUUUUUUGUGUUUUUUUUUUCCUUUGAUUUACUUUGCUGACUGGUGGACAGCGCUGGUGGUAGCAAUCGAUAUAGCAGUGUGAGUGCUGAAGACAGCAAACGCGAAAUGUUGGAGGACGCAAACAGCGGUGCCGGCUUGAUACGUAGCACACAUGCUGUCGGCAUCUGAAGUAGGCAGAAAGAUGUCCUAAUAUGGGUUGGUCAUGCGUCGUGGCACGCGCCGUGGCCUUUAUCCUCAUGCUCGGCAAAAUAUCAGCUUUUACGUCCGACAUCUUUGCCGCGGGAAAGUCGGACAAAGAGAUUUUGGACAAUCUUCUUAAAAAUACCCGCUACGACAAAAGACUGCUCCCACCAGUUGAUGAUCCAGAAUUCUGUUGUGGUCUAACUUCACCCAACGACUCUUUGGCACAAAAUAGGGUCGGGUUUUCGUCGCUUCGGCCCCGUUCGCACAAUCGCGGUGUUCUCACAGUAAAUGUUAGCGUGCUUCUCCUUAGCUUAGCAUCUCCAGAUGAAUCUAGUCUUAAAUACGAAGUGGAGUUUUUACUUCAACAACAAUGGUACGACCCUCGGUUAAGAUACUCCAAUCAAUCGCAUUACGAUUAUUUAAAUGCCAUACAUCAUCAUGAAGAUAUUUGGCUGCCUGAUACAUAUUUCAUCAUGCAUGGAGAUUUUAAGGAGUAUUCUGAACACUCACGGGAUCCCAUAAUACCGAUGCAUUUUGCGUUACGUAUUUAUCGCAAUGGAACAAUUAAUUAUUUGAUGAGGCGACAUCUCAUACUGUCUUGUCAGGGUCGGCUUAAUAUAUUUCCAUUCGAUGACCCAUUGUGUUCAUUUGCCUUAGAAAGUAUCUCGUAUGAACAAUCUGCCAUAACAUACGUCUGGAAGAAUGAUGAAGAUACACUUAGAAAAUCACCAUCACUGACGACAUUGAACGCCUACCUCAUUCAGAACCAGACUAUACCCUGUCCAAUAAAAGCUAGUUGGAGAGCUGAGGGUAAUUCACUUUACGAAGAAGACGAAGAGCUGACAUGUAAUCUUUGCCAGAGACGCUUUGAGGAGCAAGGUAACUACAGCUGUCUAAAGGUUGACUUAAUCUUUACUAGAGACCGAGCGUUCUACUUUACUACAGUAUUUAUUCCUGGAAUAAUUCUGGUGACAUCUUCGUUCAUCACAUUUUGGCUGGAAUGGAACGCGGUGCCAGCCCGUUCCAUGAUAGGUGUAACAACAAUGUUGAACUUUUUUACAACAUCUAACGGGUUCCGAUCAACUUUGCCAGUAGUAUCGAACCUAACAGCCAUGAAUGUUUGGGACGGCGUAUGCAUGUGUUUCAUUUACGCUUCGCUACUUGAGUUCGUGUGCGUGAACUACGUCGGGAGGAAGAGACCACUACACAAUGUGGUAUACAGACCAGGGGAGAAUCCUGUGACACAGCGACUGCCCGCAGUCCUGAGCAGAAUUGGCAUUAUACUGGCCAGCCCCUUGCCUGGUGAUAAGAAGCGAGAAUCAACAGGAGCAGCAGAUUUGGUGUCGUGUACUGCGUGUACCGGCCCCCCCGGCUCCUGUACGCACACCGCCAAUAAUGGCGGUGUAUCCGAGCCAUGUUUCGUCCAGGUUCGCAAAAAAGAACCCCCGCAUCCGAUCCGAGUGGCGAAGACUAUUGACGUAAUCGCCAGGAUUACGUUUCCAACUGCGUACGCUGUCUUUCUCAUCUUCUUCUUCAUUCACUACAAAGCGUUUUCUUAAUGCUGCCUCCACCGUUACAGCUGCCGGUUGCUUUAUACGAAUCGACAUAUUUAUCCUGUUUUAUAUUUGUUACGAUUUGAAUUUAUUACUAUUAUAUUUCUUUUAUGGUGUGACAUUCGGAGGUACUGUGAAAGAUGCCAGCAGUCGUUGAAUAGUGAAAUGUAAUUAAAACUGCCAAUGUAGUUGGAGCAGACAUUAUCCCAAGGCUAAAAGCGCAGCUUUUAAGUAUUUAAGGAUUAAUACUCUACUAAUUAAUCAUUGUGAAAGUUCUACGGGUUUUGAAAUAGUUUUCAACAAUAUGGAAAGGAACUUUACGAAAAUUACAUGUGACUUACAAAUACUUAAGAUAGAAUAAAUAGGAAGGGAACAAUGUCCGGAAAAAUUGGUGGAACGUGAUUGUAUCUACAAUAUGAUGUUAGACCUGAAAAUCAUUAUUGGAUUCCAAAUGAGAACAAGUUUCUUUUUUUCGAUGAUGAAAUCUAUUUCAAGCCUUGAGAUAUUAAGUCCAAUCACAUUGAUUGCAAAAAGUUAUGAAAUUAAUAUAGUGUUUAGAAUUUAAAAAAACAAGAAUUUUAUAUUGAUUAGAAGUUUAUAAUCACUGACAUCACUUAGUCGAAUUUUAUAUUUGUCACGAAUUGCAUUCGAAUUUUAUUUGUUCAAAACACGAAUGUGUUUUGUCAUGUAGAAUCCAAAUCUGUUGGUUCUUAUUAUUUUAGUAAUCCUAUAUACACAUAGUAUUAUUUAAAUGAUAAUAAAUAUUAUUUAUAAAAAUAUUACAUAUAUUAUAUAUUAUUAUUUUAAAAAAAAUCACUACAUAGACGUAGAAUUCUAGCUAAAGCUCAAAUCGUUGUAAAUGUCCUUUGAAAUAACUUUAUGGAUCUAUUUUUGUUAAUUCGAAAGUAAAACUUAAAUGACUGUUUCAAAAAUUACCUUAUGUUGUAAUGCACCAUGAACAUGCCUUUUACAUUUUGUAAUUUAUUUUAGCCUUACCUGAAUAAGGAUAGAGAAUACGUGUUAACGCUCGCUGUAAAUAUUGAACCUGGCGAUACGUAAGGUUUUACCUUUUAAGUGAAAAGUGAAAAUGAAUACAUGCAUCACCAAUGAUAUCUUAUAAGACUAGUUAAAAAAAAUCAAAUCACGAAAUUAAUUUGCGUAAUUACUGGUGAUAUCGGACCCAGCGUGGUCGUAUCCGGCCAAUUUUUUCCGCGAAUCGGUCAUGCCUUCCGGUUUAAAGGCAAUGGGCGCUACACACGGCAACGAUAUAUCGUAACGAUUUGAAUUUUGACAGUUAUAUUUAAAACCUAGAAAGCCGUACAGUAUACAUACGUUUUCCACACGCCACCGAUAUUUGCCUCGAUCGUCAACAUUCCUCAAAAGCUCACGCGUAAAGCUUGUCGAGGGAAUAACGAAAGACGAAGAGGAACCGUCUGUGUUUUUAGUUGAUUAGGUUUGUGCUGUAAACUGGCUUUUAAAACGGAAUUUAAACUCUCAUUUAUAUACAUUGAAUGAACCGUAAUUCACGCCAAACGAUGCAUCUGCCUCCGAUCGACUGUGUACACGGAAUAAUCUGAUAUUUCACACACAGUAUGAAUAAAACGAAGAAAAAGACUCUGCAGAUAAAUCGGUACGAUAUAUCGUUGUGUUUAGGGCCCUGCCGGUUAUGGGCAUCCACACUGCGAUGCGUAUGGGCUCACCAUCAAGCACGGCAAUCUAUAUCAACGAAUCCAAACAUAACUGAUAUUACAAGCUCCGAAUUUACAUUCAAAUAUAUUAGAUAUUAUGUACAUCUGCUUAAUAAAUUACCUUUUAAGGUACUCCUUUUGACGUCCUUAAAUAAAUAUUACCCUCAAUAUUCUAGUUUUAUAGAAUAUCAUUGCGCAUAACGAAUAUGAAAAUAUUGUGCUGUGAGACUAUACCGUCAACUAAUGUGUUGCAUAAUUAGAAUUUGUUGAUAUUAAGACAAAUUAGUACGUAGGUACUUAAAUUACUGUCGUUCGAUAACGAUGCGUAUUUAUGAGCAUACUUAGAAUUCACACGCUAGCUAUUAUUAUUCAAUUAAUAAGUACAUAUUAGAAGCACCGUAUGAUCAGCCAUCACUUUGAUAUUGGAGCAAAUUAAUACUUUCCUGCAAUAUUUAGUCUUAGGAAUUAGGGGUGGGCGCUGCAACGAUGGUUCGGGACCGCUUAAAAGAAUCAUUAUGUAAGCGCUAAUCGCACCAAAAUUAUAUGAUAAGUGUCAAAUCCGUUUUUUAUAUUUUUAUGCUUCG